GAGGCGGCGGCGGCGGCGCGGGAGGGCGGAGGAUGCGGCGGCGGUGGUGGCGGCGGCAGCCGGCGGAGGAGCGGGGAGCGAUGCGGUGCUGCGCGGCGGGGCCCUGGCCGCAGAGCGGGGGCGCCCUCACCACCCUCCUGCUGACAGCUUUUUUGUUAAGCUCUGCUGAUGGCAUAAAUGGAACAGUUAACUGGAAGACUAAGCAAGCCAACAGUUAUAUUAUCAGCAGAAUAAAGGCUGUUGAGAAGAAUGUGUACACGAUUCUGUCUAAGGUGCACUCUGAUCGGAAUGUAUACCCUUCUGCUGGAGUUCUUUUUGUUCAUGUUUUGGAGAGAGAGUACUUUAAGGGGGAGUUUCCUCCUUACCCAAAGCCUGGUGAAAUAAGUAAUGAUCCUAUAACAUUUAAUACCAACUUAAUGGGUUACCCUGACAGACCUGGGUGGCUACGCUACAUACAAAGGACACCAUACAGUGACGGAGUGUUAUAUGGUUCGCCAACUACAGAAAAUGUGGGCAAACCAACCAUCAUUGAGAUCACUGCAUAUAACAGGCGUACUUUUGAGACAGCAAGACAUAAUUUGAUCAUUAAUAUAAUGUCAGCAGAAGAUUUUCCUUUACCAUAUCAAGCGGAGUUCUUCAUAAGGAAUAUGAAUGUAGAAGAAAUGCUAGCAAGUGAGGUUCUUGGAGACUUUCUUGGAGCGGUGAAAAAUGUAUGGCAGCCAGAGCGCUUGAAUGCUAUAAACAUUACUUCGGCACUAGACAGGGGAGGGAGAGUUCCACUUCCUAUUAAUGACAUGAAAGAGGGCGUGUAUGUUAUGGUCGGUGCAGAUGUUCCUUUCUCUUCAUGUUUGCGAGAAGUUGAAAACCCACAAAAUCAGCUGAGAUGCAGUCAAGAAAUGGAACCUUUAAUAACCUGCGAUAAAAAAUUUCGUACUCAAUUCCAUAUUGACUGGUGUAAAAUCUCUUUGGUUGACAAUACAAAACAGGUUUCCACCUUUCAGGAAGUGAUCCGUGGAGAGGGGAUAUUACCUGAUGGUGGAGAAUACAAACCACCUUCUGAUACACUGAAAAGCAGAGACUAUUACUCGGAUUUCCUAAUUACGUUGGCAGUGCCAUCGGCAAUAGCACUGGUGCUUUUUCUAAUACUUGCCUAUAUCAUGUGCUGCCGACGGGAAGGAGUGGAAAAGAGAAACAUGCAAACACCAGACAUCCAGUUGGUCCACCACAGUGCUAUACAGAAAUCAACCAAAGAGCUUCGUGACAUGUCUAAAAAUAGAGAGAUAGCAUGGCCUCUUUCAACGCUUCCUGUCUUUCACCCAGUUACUGGUGAGAUUGUACCACCCCUUCAUACAGACAACUAUGAUAAUACUAGCAUGCCACUGAUGCAAACACAGCAGAACCUGCCACAUCAAACUCAGAUUCCACAGCAGCAGACUGCAGGUAAAUGGUAUUCCUGAGGAAAGAAAACUGACAGAAGCAAUGAACUUGUAAUCAGAGAAAGCAGUAAUUAUUUUAUUUCCUUAUUUGUUCUGAUUGAUUGAUGCAUGAGACUUUCUGGUGUAUAUUGUGCAUGCCCACAGUAAUAAGUGAUUUCAGUGCCAGACAGUACAAUCACUUACAUAUAACUCAUGUAUUGUAUCUUUUUGUACUUUGGACAUUUUUGAGAAUUUGUAAACACGGAUAACUUUUUAUAUUUGUUACAUUGAGAAAAUAAUCUUUCAAAUAUAUGUAUUAAUAAAUAUCAAACUUUCUUCUAUCUUGUGAUCUCUUCUGAGACCUUUAAUGGGGAAGUCAAAACUUCAAAAUAAGCAAAAGGUUCAAAGGACUUUAGACUCUGUCCUAUGGGACGACAUAAUUGCCUUACAUUUGCACACAAAAAGUAGUAGUAUGUAAGCAUGAAAUUUUGUGCAAAAUAGUGAGGCUUAGAAAUCGUAUUCCAGAUUUAUUAGGCAUUCGUUUUCUAGAGAUAAGAGAAGUGUAAUAAGUUAUUUUUUUUGCAAAAAGCUGAACUAUUCAUGGUGAAAAUUGGAUUUCUGUUCCUCUACCAGACAUUUAAGAAAAUUGAGAAGAUGUAAGCAAUAAAACAUUUAAAAUCUGUCCAUUCAUUCAUGUAAUUAUCAGAAACCAUUAUAAACUACUGGAACCAGAAAUGAGUGUCUUUAAUAAUAAAUUUUGCUGUAGCAAAUAUGGAGCAACUCUUAAGUCCCUUUGAAAAUAUGCUUUAAAAAUUAUUUAUGGUAUUUUUUGAUGCCACAAUGCAGUUUAUUUUUGCAACUUCUACACUAUUCUUUUUGAGCAAAAAAAUGCUCAUGAGAGAGGAAGGUAAACCUGUAAACCAAGGAUUACAUUUUAGCUUCUCAAAAUUAAGGAGUUGAUUAAAUACAUACUGUGCUGGGAGACUGUUACUUUAAACAGUCAUCUAUACUAAAUUCUUAAAAAUAUAAGCUUGAUAAAAAGGGGUUUGAACUGAGGCUGAGGUUUUCUUAUUUUUUAAUAGAUGGUGAUGAUUUAUCUCAAGUGACAUUUUAAAAUAAUUAGUUUUUCUGAUGCUUGCAUAAAUCCUCAAUUCAACUACAGCACAAUGAAGGAUUUAAAGGACUUCUGCUGUAACAUCUCACACUAAGUUCUCGAGGUUUUACCCCAAAGGCUCAUACUAUUUUUAAAUGACACUUGUGCUUUUUCUGUAAUAUUCUCUUUUUCAGGAGCUGUAUGUUCAUCAGGCCAGUGGCAUUUAAGCACAAAGCUGCAUCUACUUUAAAAUUUGCUACUAUAUGCUGGCUACAUUUCCUUAGCUAAGCAGUUCCUUUCUGACCAGGUCUUUGCUCAGAGACUCCCUUAGGAAUUCAGGACUGAGGCAAAAAAAGAAACUGUAAAAUGAGUUUUUUUUCCACAUUAUUCAAAGAAAGACCAAAGUAGUCACUGGCAUUUUAGAGUUAUGGCCCUUUUUGGGGAAAAUACAUUUUUUUAUUUCAAAAAGACUAUGCAUUUUUAAGCCCACAGUGGCGUAGUUACAGGAUUGGACCUGAAUGCAAGGCCAUGGCACACAGUUAAGUGCUGAGACUUUUUAGAUACUUCUGUGCAACGGGCCCAAUAAAAAGUGCAGCAAAAUAUAUAAACAGUGCUCACUGUGGAUGAGCACACUCCAUUUGUAUUUCAAACAAGACAAAACCAACUUUUUUUUUAUACUUACACAUUGUCCAGCCUGAAGGGUCACUGUUGCUAAGGGCAUCCUAAACACGAACCACAACACACACUACAUCAUUAACAAACUCACCUAGCCAUACGCCUAGUGACAGUUCCGAUUAUACUACAAGAGGCUCAGCCUGUACUGGGUUGAAAAAAAUAGACCAGUUUCUGAACUAGGUGGAAUGAGCGGCCCUUCCUACGGCCUUUGGGAGUGGCCUGCAUCACAGCUGCACGCUCACGUAGUCAAAACGUGCUGAGGAAGAGAAAACUUCGCCCGACAGACAGCCAGCCUGCUAAGAGAACGGUCGUUCUUCCCAGCAGUCGGGCUGGCUGGCUGACAGUGCAAAAUGAAUUCCAAACCAGGCAGUCACCCGUGAGAUUUAUAUUAAACAGGUACCUUUUUCAUCUACGCUGUGAAAAGUUUGAGUACAACCAGCCUUUGAGUUUUACCUCUAAUUUUAAAUGCAUAAGUUCCUACUGCUCUGACACAGAAAUGAAUGGAAUGGAUUUUAAAUGACGAUUUUGAAUUCAACACAGGACUAAACUUUGUGACUAGUACUGGUUUUGGAUCAUAAUUUCUGAUAAUUUUAGGACAAUCAGUUCAAUCAAGCCAUUCUUACUUUCUCUAUCUGUAUUAAUAUACAACAGUGCCAAUAUAUUUAAGGAAGUUUCCUAAACUGUUAUGUACAUAAUUAGUUUGUACCAGUGAGUGAAUGCUCCAUAUAUUCUGAAAAGAAUCUACUGAUGUGGAAGACUUGGGUAUUAAGCACACCUGAACUAUUUUAAGGUUAAAAGCUUCAUUUAUUUUAGGUAAGUUUUAAUAAGAAGUGAUUUAUUUUUACUUAUUAAAAUAUCUACCACAGAAACAUAGAUUUAUAAAGCUGGCUAAAGUCUCUUAAUCGUUAAAGAAUGAUUAAUAUUAGUAAUAUUUAAAAUUCAUGAUAGUUAAACCAGUAAAUUCACAGCCUCUUUUUAACCAUGUACAACAGUAUGAACGAUAUUGUAAUGAUUAAGUGACAGUUGCAACCAAAAUAAAUAGAAAGCGUUAAGGAUGUCUUUGUAAAUAUAUGAAAUGUAAAAAAUCUAAUAAAUAGGAAAACGUUAAAUUAA